AUGGUGCUGUCUAAAGAAGAGCGGGAAUUGGUGGAGAAAAUGGAUGUUGAUGAGCUGAGGAACAAGAUCUCUGAGUAUCUGAAACAGAAGAGAUACCUGAUAGUACUAGAUGAUGUAUGGACAAAAGAAGCAUGGGAUGCUUUGAAGGAUGCAUUUCCGGAUAUGAACAAUGGCAGUAGGGUCAUGCUCACGACUCGAAACAAAGAUGUAGCUUUAUAUGCAGAUGCACAAAGCCAGCCCUAUGAACUUCGAUUUCUAAACAAUGAAGAAAGCUGGGAAUUGUUUUGCAAGAAAACAUUCUCAGGACAAGAUGGUGUUUGCCCUCAGGAUUUGGAGGAGCUGGGAAGACAGAUUGUAGACAAAUGCCAUUGUCUACCUCUUGCUAUCGUAGUCGUCAGAGGGCUCUUAUCAAGAAAAGAAGCAAGAGAGUGGGAGAAAGUACGCAAGAGCAUCAGCUGGCAGUUUGUCGAGGGAGAAUACAAAAUCUCGGGCAUAUUAUCUUUGAGCUAUAAAGAUCUGCCCUAUAACUUGAAACCAUGUUUUCUUUUUCUGGGCAAUUUUCCAGAGGACUAUGAAUUCCACACCAAGGAAUUGAUUCGGAUGUGGGCUGCUGAAGGGCUCCUUCAACAGAGGGGAAGAAACACUGGAGGAGGUUAG